AGUAUUAUAGAUUGACGAAGCCGGUUGAAUUCCGUGAAGUGACUCACAAUAACAAGGGACUUUUAUUGUGAAGGUGACUUUUAAUGCAGUCAAAACCAAGACGGGAAUCUUAUUGUGAAAGCGUCGGAACCGGAAGUGACGUUUCGACCGGCGCAAGAGAGGAUUAUGAGACAGCGUGUUUUUAGAGGGACCGUUCUCUUUUCUCAGGUAAGGCGACGCAGGAGGGUGUGCUCCCGGAAGGUGCCGGGAGCCGGCAGCCUGGACACGAGGGAGAGCGCGUUGACUGUUUGUUUUACAAUUCCUGCCAUUAAAUGUUGAUAACUUAAUCCAUGCGCGUCCGGAAGCCUGUUUUUCCACCAUCUGCGAAGUGCCCAGUUUCAGAAUACUGUACAAGACCCUGACGCCUAUGUUUCCUUUUGCUUUGCUUCUGUGUUAUUCUGCCCUUCGUUAAACCUUAACUGUCUGAAAUAAAUCUUCCUUAUUUUGUUCAAGUAUUUAACUUUAUUAUUUGCCUCCUUUGUUUCCCCCUUAGCUGUAUCCCUUUUUUGUAUGUUGCGGCCUGUGCAUCCCUAGUUUACCAAGAGGCCGUAACAGCAGCAUCUCUAGGUCUGGGCCAAGGCAACAUUUGCCAUUGAGUAUGGCAUGACUCCACUGAUGCAUGCAACAUAUAAGGACCGGGCUGAUAUGUGUUGUCUGCUGCUGCAGCACGGGGCCGAUGUCAACGGCAACCAGCUUGAAUAUGGAUACACUGCUCUCAUGUUUGCUGGCCUGUCAGGGAAAACAGACAUCACCUCCAUGUUGCUGGAUGCCAGAGCAGAGAAAGACCUGGUGAAUUCUGUGUGUCGCACUGCUGCUCAGAUGGCAGCGUUUGUAGGACAGCAUGACUGUGUAACGGUGAUCAACAAUUUCUUCUCGUUGGCGAGGCUGGAGUACUACACCAAACCACAGGGGGUGGAGAGGGAGCCCAGGCUACCCCCCAGGCUGGCAGGGCCCUUGCACAAGAUCAUCAUGACCACCAACCUAAACCCAGUCAAGAUAGUCAUGCUGGUGAUGGAAAACCCGGAGCUGGUGGAUGUGGCCGCUCUGGAGAAGUGUUACCAGGUGAUGGAUAUGCUGUAUGAGCAGUGUAUGAAGCAGCAGGACAUGAAUGAGGUCCUGGCCGUGAAGAUGCACAACAUCAGCUGUGUGCUGCAGAAAUGCCUUGCCUUCCUACAGAAACAAGAUGGCAAACUGGACAUACUUGUCAAGAACCUGUUAAGGGGGAGAGACAGUGAUGGCUUCCCACAGUACAAGGAGAAGUUCAUUUGGGAUUGUAUCAAGAAGUUUCCUUAUUGUGAGGCAACACUCCUUCAGCAACAGGGCAACGACCCCACAGCCUUCUCAGUGUUGACCCAGGCUAUAACAGGUCUGAUGACGUUCACCGAUGCUCAUUACUGUGCUACAUGUGGCGAGAAGGGAGCAGAAAAGAGGUGCUCCCUUUGCAAAGCAGUGAAUUACUGCAGCCUGAUGUGCCAGAAGCUCCACUGGUUCACCCACAAAAAGAUGUGCAGGUGCAUACAGGAGCAGAAUGCCGACCCGGAGAUGGAUACUCCAAGGUUCAAAGAACUGAAAGACGAAGAUGACGAUGACACCCUGGUGAUGAAGACAGCCAACUUCCUCCAGGAGCUGUGUCUGCGGGCGGAGGAGCAGGUGGCGGCUGCAGGCGGCUGCCCUGCAGAGCUGCUGGCUCGCUCCUCCACAGACUGAGCAAAGGGUCCUGAAUGAGGUCAAGUCAUCUCUUUUGGUUCACAAAAGUUACAGACGGAGAUGUGUGUCUCAAUAGGAAGAAUGUCAGAAGGGUACUUCCUGUUUCUCUGUUUCACACCAAGCCUUGCAGUUUAAGAUAUUUAGCAACGCUUCAGUAAAACUUUACACACGAGGAGCUGCAAUAGAGGCAUUUUUAUAACAAUUCCAGAAAACAUCCUGAUUUGUCUGAUUAGUGAACAUUAAGUGAAGUUUGAGCCUCUUCAAAGUGGGACAGUCGCUCCAUUCGGACAAUUCCAAACUUGACUCCUCAAUUCAAUCCCACAAAUCCAUUACAUGUCAUCUAAAACAAUAAAGGAAGUGACCUAUGUGUCAUAUGUUGUGAUAUACAAAUGCCAAAAUGAUAUAGCUACAUGUACACGUAUACCUUGGGAUAGGUUUGUCAUUGGUCGAAACAAGGGAUUAAUAUGUUUGCAUAUCAACACAGAUAGAAGAAGAAAAAUUGUGUCCCACUGAGGGUGUUGGAGAGUUAUGAUAACAACUCAAAUCUAAUCAAACUACAGUGGAUUGGGAACGGCUGGCUUUGAGUCCGAGUUGAUCUUUUCAGCAUCAUCGUUGUCGUGUGAUGUCAUUCUCUUUUUACUGCCGCAACCAUGCAGAACAUUAAUAACACACAGUUCUACAAAAAAACAGGUUAUGCUCAAUGACAAUAUAUGUUCAGGUUUUUCAAAUGCUUACUUUCAAAAUGAUUGGUUCAUGUCGAAUAUGAUAUGAUGAUGUUUGGAGAACAAUGGUGGGCAUAGCAAAUCAGCUAAUGUUUAGGUGUGAUGAAGGUUAGGCAACAGAACCAAAGAUUGUUAUUAAAAGGGGAAAUGUUAACUGCAGUUAUGUUAUGCGCGACACUUUGACCUUCACGACCCAAACCUUACGACCUUCACUACGUCCUGGAUUGGAACAGGGUGUAGAAUCAUCCCAUAUGGACAUACUUGUCCAAAACCUGGAGGGUUUCAGUUAUAGUUAUAGCUCAUGGAAGUUACACACUUAGGUUCAAUUCUUAUGGAACUGGCAUUUAUUGACCUUUAGAUUGCCUUGAGAGUGGUAAUAAUUAAUGAUACAAGUCAACAAUUCAUACAAAUGAUGUAGUGCACACGCCAGCUGCACCAAGCCAUGAAGGUCCAUCUUGAUCUUGUGUUGCAUCUCCUGAUCACAUGAUCUCAUAUUGUUUCUUGACCCAAACUAUAAAAUACAGUUGUGUCAUAGUAUUGCUUUGUAUGGUCUAAGAAAAAAAGAAAUGUAUUAAGUGAUGCAUAUUCAAUAUUUUUAUUAGAUUGAUGUGUUUUGUUGCUGUGCUGUUAGCGUAUCCACAUCUAUAAGUCUCGUGAGAUAAGAAAAUACCAAUCCUCCUGCAGUGAUGAGUUAGUUAGUAUGAGUGAGAUUGAAUAAAGUGUGAAUAAAGUUAUUUGUACAGCAAUA